AUGGGCGGUGAGUCCAAUAGCAGCGAUGGAGGAAGGAAGAUGGCGGCAGACGUGGCGGCCCUCUACUCGAGCACGGAGUUGAGCCCAGCGCAAAGGGAUGCCAAGGUGAAGAUCAUGUACGCCAAGGACGCGGUCUGGGUGGACCCGCUGACUCAGGCGCACGGAGUGGACGCGAUCAUCGCCAACUACAAGUCGAUUUCCCUUGUCUCAACCGCCUCAAACCUCGAGGUGUACGACGCCGUCAUGUCCAUGGAGGCAGGAGGGUCGUCCAUCUUGCGCUUCGACGGCCUGGCUACCUACAAAGUCAAGUGGAUUCCUCUUACCGUGUCGAUCCGGCAGUGGAGCGUGAUAGAGCUGAAUGACGAGCAGCAGAUCAAGACUCACACAGAUCACUGGAGCUUGGAGUCUCUUGCACGAAACGUUCCAAUCGUUGGGAAUCUUUAUGCCAAAAUUUUCCGUCCAAGCAUCGGAAUGCUGGUUUCCGCAUGCUACAGGCUGGCGGGCAGCGGAGGAGACAUCAAGAAGAUUCUGACUGAAGUCCCCAAGUUGCAAACACAGGAUAUGCCUGCUCCAGAUGUGCAGGACAAAACACCGAUGCCGAAGAAGCAGGAGGAGAGCGACGGUAGGAACGUGGACUCUGAGGAGCUGAAGGCUCCCGAGCCGGCGUUGGCGAGCAUGGAGGUUGAGCAGAAGGAGGCAGCAGAGGACGAGGAAGCAAAAAUUGCGAGACAAGAUGGCGAGAGAGAGACAGAAACAGAUGCAGGAGGUGGAGAGGAAGAAGCUGCAGAUCCUGAGGUAGUCGGGGAUGUCGCAGACAGUGGCGACAAGCUGAUUCCAGCCGAGGGCGAGACCAAGGACCAAGCUGCAGCUGCGAAGAAGAAGAAGAACAAGAAGAAGAAGUAAAGGGGAGGUGGGAGAGUCUGACGAGGGGAACUCAGUGAGGCCACGGCGACAAGUGACCUGCGGUAGUCCAACUACAAGUCAGUGACAUGCGGAGUGAGUGACAGUGCUGGCGAUGGAUCGACUGGGGACAAACUUUGAAAGUUGACGGUCGGGCGAAGGUCGAGCGACUGCACUGCCAAGGGCCUCUGGCACCAUCACUGGCAGUGGCAGUACAGUCGGAGGUCUCUCGGGCAAGUCGCGCGAACUCCCUGGUCCCCGGGCCGCCGGCGGAGUCACCCGGAGUCACCACGUGAACACGGUCAGCCUUCAGUUCAGUGCGCCGCGGGCCUACGCCGCGCCCCGGGCCGGGCCGCAGUACUCAGACUCCCGGGGAGGGCCUCAGUGGCCGAGCUCACAGCAGCCGCUGCCUCAGUACGGUACCAGUAUGCCGCGGCAGCGGCUAGCAGGCCGGGCCGGCGGACCGUCUGACCCCGGCGGGUCAGCGGCCCUCGCACUGCGCCGCGCAGUACCUGUACUCAGUAACACGAAGAUAACUAUACAUAAUAUGUAAUCAAGAUAUGAUAAUGAC